CGCUUCUACUGUUCUGCCUUCUGCUGUCUGCAACUUUCUAUAGUGAUUCGUUCAUUCGUUUUGUACGGAUCACCAUAAACUUUUGGCAGUUUGCAUUGGAAUUUUGUUUUUUUUUUUUUUUAAUUUAACGUACAAGUUAACUGUCAAAAUGUCAGUGAUGCACAUUAUGUCAAGCUUACGAAUUGUAGUAAGCAAUAGAGUAGGAAUGAUUGUUAAUCGCAAUUUACACAAUCCCGGUAGAGUUACUUCAUCAAUUGCGUCGCCAGCAAAAACUUCCGAGGAUAGAGAUGCUCCCAUUGAAAUGGAAAAUCCUUACACACAAAAAAAAGAAAAGUGCAUUUUGUGUAAAUAUAACAUUGAGCCUGAUUACAAAAAUGUUAGAUUAAUUUCUCAAUUUCAAAGUCGCUAUACUGGUAGAGUCUACGCUAAACAUAUAACAGGCCUGUGUCAAGCACAGCAAGAAAAAGUUGAAAGAGAAAUACAUAAGGCUCAACAUGCUGGUAUGAUGGGUUAUUACACAAAAGAAGCUGAAUUCGUUGACGAUCCUAUGCUUUUUGAUAUUGACAAUCCAUUUAGACCACAUAAAUAUUAAUUGUGAUCUUGUAUGUUGUGUAAAAUAACUUUAUUGUUUUGUAUAUAUGUUAAAUUUUACUUGAAAGUAAAAUUAUUUAUAAGACUUGAUGCUACUUGUAAAUUUACAUAAAUGCUUGCUACAA